AUGUCUUCAUUUUUUAAUCGCCAACCAGAAUUAUUUGACACAACAAAAAAGUUUGGUGCUGGAACAAGUAGUAAUGGAGGAGGAAAUAAUAAUAAUACUUCAACAUCUUCUAUGAAGAAAGGAAGUGGUUCUAAUUUAGCAGCUGCCGGGUUGGCAAUGAUGGCAGAAAAGCCGUUGGGGCCUGAUGAAAUUGAUAGUGUUCCAGAGUCCUGGGUAGAACUAGCUCCAAGCCGUGCCAGCCUCUCCUCUUCAAUAGAGGCCGUCAAUAUUGGAGAGAAUUCUGUUGGGGGAGGAAUUAUUAGUCAAAGAGAUUCUCGUCUUUCUCCCGUCUCUAUUCAAAGCCCAGCUGUUGAGUUUGAAUCUUCUUUGGAACAAGUCAAGUAUCGUUUGGUUAAGUCUAUGAUUGGGCCUGAUGUUGGCGGGAAUACGAACAAAUCUUCGACUGAUUGGUUGUGGGAGUGGGCUUAUCGAAGCGAUGGAGGGGCUAAUAAUGACAAACCAAAGAACAAUCUAGUAAUUAAUUCAACAUUAACAACACCUCCAAACAGUCCAGAACCAGAAGAGACUACAGACUUUUUUACUUUUAAAUCCCCAGGGGGGAAGCUUUACCACCGCAGAAUUGUUUCAAACAAAAAAUUAUUUGACUGGUCAAUGUUUUGCCGUCUGGAUGUUUUGCUGGCGAUUGUGGUUUCGAAUUUAAUUACUGGCGCUGUUGUGUAUGUUUUUGUUUUAAAAUUUUUGGAAAAUUGGUCAUUUUGGGUUCUGACCAUUUUGAGCAUUUUUAAAUUGUCCAUUUUGGGUUCUACCCAUUCUGAGAUACGUGGGAACUGA